AUGGGGUUCAAAGCUCUCUGUUUGGGAAUAUUUUGUGUUAUGUUCAUCUCUCAUUUUUAUACACCUCUACCAGCCAACAUUGAAGAAAGCUGGAAGGUAAUGGCCUUGGAUACAAUUGCUAAAACAUGUACAUUUAUGGCCAUAUGUUUUGAAAACAUAGGUAUUAUGAAAUACGAGGAGUUUAUUUCCAUGAUCUUCCGUCUGGAUUAUACCCAGCCACAGUCAGAUGAGUAUGUCACAGUGACGGACACUGAGUUUCUUGACAUCCCAGUCCGUCUGUACCUUCCAAAGAGAAAGUCAGAAACUGCAAGACGAGCUGUCAUCUAUGUCCACGGUGGGGCUUUCUGCUUCGGAAGUUUCAGGCAGACGGCUUUUGACUUUCUGAAUAGAUGGACGGCGAAGAAAUUAGAUGCUGUCGUGGUAGGGGUGGACUAUCGACUAGCUCCUCAGCACCACUUUCCCGCUCAGUUUGAAGACGUCCUAACUGUAGUCAAGUUUUUCCUUCAGCCUAAAAUUCUUACAAAAUACAGAGUGGAUUCUACUCGAAUCUGUGUUUCAGGAGAUAGUUCUGGAGGCGCGUUGGUGGCAGCAGUGGCCCAACAGGUGCAGAAUGAUCCUGGAAUAAAACAUAAAAUCAAGAUACAAGCUUUACUUUACCCCGCCUUACAAGCAAUUGAUUCCUAUUUGCCUUCUCACCGAGAAAAUGAGCAUGGUGUAAUUCUGACACGGGAAAUGGCCAUCAAGCUCGUCAGUUUGUAUUUUACCAAAGAUGAAGCACUUCCCCAGGCAAUGAGAAGAAAUCAGUACAUGCCACUGGAAUCCAAGCAUCUGUUCAAGUUCGUUAACUGGAGCACUCUUCUUCCUGAGCAGUAUAGAAAGGACCACAUUUACAGAGAACCUAUUCUUGGACAGGCUGGCUUUUCACUGCCAGCGCUUAUGGAUAGCAGAGCAUCACCUCUGCUGGCCAGAGAUUCCCAGUUACAGAAGUUGCCACGAACCUAUCUUCUUACCUGUCAACAUGAUCUCUUAAGAGAUGAUGGGCUAAUGUAUGUUUCAAGACUUCGUAAUGUUGGGGUACAAGUUGCUCACGACCAUAUUGAGAAUGGAAUCCAUGGUGCUUUAUCAUAUAUGACAUCACCGUUUUAUUUACAUCUAGGUCUGAAGAUAAGAGACAAGUAUAUCAGUUGGUUGGAUAAAAACUUAUAA